AUGUUCAGCUUUCUGGAUUCAAGGACUCUGGUGCUCCUAGCAGCUAUUCAAGUAAUUUUAUUAGAAGUUGUCAAUUGUCAGAAUGAGGAUAAAGAGGAGGCAGGCAGCUGUGUACAGGAUGGGCAGAGAUAUAGUGAUAAAGAUGUGUGGAAACCCGAACCGUGCCAGAUCUGUGUUUGUGACACUGGCACUGUCCUCUGCGACGAUAUUCUCUGCGAAGAAAUGAGAGACUGUCCCAGGCCUGAGAUACCCUUCGGAGAAUGUUGCCCUAUAUGUCCUACUGAUCAGCCCACCGCCAGUGGGCAACCUGGUCCCAAGGGUCAAAAGGGAGAACCUGGUGAUAUCAAGAAUGUUGUAGGACCAAAAGGCCCUCCUGGAGCACAGGGACCUUCAGGUGAACCAGGACCAAGGGGAGAACGUGGAGAUAAAGGAGAAAGGGGUGCAAUGGGUCCCCGUGGGCCACCUGGGUUACCCGGAAAACCAGGAGAAGAUGGUGAAGCAGGCAAACCAGGCAAAUCAGGAGAGCGAGGAUUACCUGGACCUCAGGGUGCUCGAGGUUUCCCUGGCACCCCAGGCCUUCCUGGUGUCAAAGGUCACAGAGGAUAUCCUGGUUUAGAUGGCUCUAAAGGAGAAGCUGGAGCUCCAGGUGCUAAGGGUGAAGCUGGAUCUUCUGGGGAGAAUGGUUCUCCUGGUCCUAUGUUGCAAUUCAGUGAUGGUAUAGAGGGCGUCCACACAUCUACCAUGGCCAGUGCGAAUUCAGUCCAGUGUUGGGUCCUCGUGGCCUUCCAGGUGAAAGAGGACGUCCUGGCCCAUCUGGUGCUGCUGGACCUGUUGGCCCUUCUGGUGGACCAGGGUUUCCAGGAGCUCCAGGGGCAAAGGGUGAAGCUGGUCCCACUGGCGCUCGUGGCCCUGAGGGUGCCCAAGGCUCUCGAGGUGAAUCUGGAUCCCCUGGUUCUCCGGGACCUGCAGGACCUCCAGGCAACCCUGGAAGUGACGGGAUCCCUGGUGCCAAAGGAUCAGCCGGAGGUCCUGGCAUUGCUGGUGCUCCUGGUUUCCCUGGCCCACGUGGGCCACCUGGGCCACAAGGUGCAACAGGACCUUUGGGCCCCAAAGGUCAGGCGGGAGAGCCCGGAAUUGCAGGCUUCAAAGGUGAACAAGGCCCCAAGGGUGAACCUGGCCCUGGGGGACCACAAGGAGCCCCUGGGCCAGCCGGCGAAGAAGGGAAGAGAGGAGGACGUGGUGAACCAGGAGCUGCAGGACCAAUUGGACCACCUGGAGAGAGGGGUGCUCCCGGAGAACGUGGCCCCCCUGGCCUUGGGGGACUCAAAGGUACCCCUGGAGAUCCUGGAAGGCCUGGAGAACCUGGCCUGCCUGGCGCCCGGCUCAAAUAUGCUAAGCCAGUUUUGUGGCAUCCAUAAUUCUCAGAGCUUCCAGAUUACGUUUUAUGUCCAUAAAAGUCCUUUUUUGAAUGAUCUUGACUCAGAAAACCUCUACAGGUUUAAAUUUGUAGAUCUGCCCCAUUUUCAGUGCCAGGUGGUCUCACUGGUCGCCCUGGGGAUGCUGGUGCUCAAGGCAAAGUUGGCCCAUCUGGUGUUCCGGGUGAAGAUGGACGGCCUGGCCCACCUGGUCCUCAAGGUGCUCGUGGUCAGCCUGGUGUCAUGGGUUUCCCAGGCCCCAAAGGUGCUAAUGGUGAAAGCGGUAAAGCUGGCGAGAAAGGGUUACCUGGUGCUCCUGGAUUACGAGGUCUUCCUGGCAAAGAUGGCUUACAGUGUUGUUGUUGUUGUUUCUGAUGAUGAUGAUGAUAUUUGCAGGGGGCUGUUGGAGAGAGAGGUGAACAAGGUGCCCCUGGACCAUCUGGAUUCCAAGGACUUCCAGGACCCCCAGGCGCUCCAGGUGAAAGUGGAAAAGCAGGUGACCAAGGUGUUCCUGGAGAAGCUGGUGCUCCUGGUCUUGUUGGUCCCAGAGGUGAACGUGGCUUCCCAGGAGAACGCGGACCUGCAGGUGCCCAAGGUUUGGGUGGUGCUAGAGGGCUUCCCGGAACCCCUGGUACUGAUGGACCCAAGGGUGCAGCUGGCCCUGCUGGGCCUCCUGGAGCCCAAGGCCCCCCAGGCCUGCAGGGAAUGCCUGGUGAGAGAGGAGCUGGAGGUAUUCCUGGACCAAAGGGAGACAGGGGUGAUGCUGGUGAGAAAGGCCCAGAAGGUGCUCCUGGCAAAGAUGGCAGCCGAGGUGAAUCAGGUCCUCCUGGCCCAAGUGGAGCUGCUGGUACUCGGGGUGCCCCUGGUGAGCGUGGAGAAACCGGACCCCCUGGCCCCGCUGGGUUUGCUGGUCCCCCUGGUGCUGAUGGCCAGCCUGGUGCUAAAGGCGAGCAAGGUGGAUCUGGCCAGAAAGGAGAUGCUGGGUCCCCUGGUCCACAAGGGCCAUCUGGUGCUCCUGGUCCACAGUUUUUGGCAUGCCGUGGACCAGGACAUGUUGACCUGGGCAGAUGGACCAUGCUUCAAAGUUCAGGUCCAGAUCUAUUGA